AUGCUAGCGAUAAUCUGUUCCAGUUUUGUGUUUCUUUUUCUUGUAAUAAAAUUGUAUUCCUAUUGUUCAGAAACCAAAAACUCACCUCCAAGAUUACCUUUAAUAGGAAAUCUUCAUCAACUUGGUUCAUUCCCCCACCGUUCUUUUUACGCUCUAGCCAAAAAAUAUGGUCCUUUCAUGCAAAUGUAUUUUGGUAAAGUUCCUAUUCUUGUCAUCUCAUCAGCUGAAGCAGCACGUGAGAUAACCAAAACUCAUGAUCAUGUCUUUGCAAACAGACCCCCCAAGAUUAAUUACGACAUUCUUUUGUAUAAUUUCAGAGAUGUUUCAUCUGCUCCAUAUGGAGAGUAUUGGAGACAGUUAAGAAGCAUUUGUAUGUUGCAUCUUCUCAGUGCCAAAAGGGUUAAAUCUCUUCGCACUGUGAGAGAGGAAGAACUUGUUUUUAUGAUGGAUAAAAUAAGAGACUAUUCUUCUAAAUCACUGCCUGUGAAUUUAAGCGAAUUGAUUGCGUCAAAAACUAAUGAUGUAGUUUGUAGGGCUACUUUGGGAAAUAAGUAUAGUGGUGAAAGUGGAACAGGAUUUGCUAAGUUGAUGUUGGAUUUCACCGAGUUGCUUGGUACUUUUAUGGUUGGGGAUUAUGUUCCUAGCCUUGAUUGGAUGACACAUCUUUCUGGAUAUUACUCCAGAGCAAAGAAAGUCGCCAAACAAUUUGACGAUCUUUUGGAGGGUGUAGUCGAGGAACGUUUCAAUAAUCCGAAAGGUGAUGAUGAAGAACAGACUGAUUUGGUUGAUGUUUUGCUUUGGAUCCAAAGGACUGAAUCCCUCGGCUUUCCUAUCGAUAGAACAACCAUAAAGGCUUUGUUACUCGACAUGUUUGUUGCGGGUACAGACACCAUAUCAACUUUGCUAGAGUGGGAAAUGUCAGAACUGUUGAAGAAUCCACACAUGAUGAAGAGAUUAAAAGAAGAAGCAAGGACAGUGGCUAACGGAAGAGCAUACAUAACGGAAGACGAUUUGAGUAACAUGAAAUACUUAAAGGCGCUUGUUAAAGAAGCACUACGGAUGUAUCCUCCAAUCCCACUACUAGUCCCUCGAGAAUGCAGACAAGAUGUGAAAGUAGACGGUUACAACAUUAAAGCCGGGACAAGAGUUUUUAUCAACGCUUGGGGAAUUGCAAGAGAUCCACGAUAUUGGGAUCAACCUGAUGAGUUCAGGCCAGAGAGAUUCUUGGAUACUUCGGUGGAUGUUAAAGGAAUUGAUUACCAGUUGAUUCCGUUUGGAUCGGGGAGAAGAGGUUGUCCUGGACUAGUGUAUGCUAUGGCUGCUAAUGAUCUUGUGUUGGCCAACCUUGUGCAUCAGUUUGACUGGGAGUUACCUGGUGGUGCUGGGGCCAAGGUCGAUAUGUCUGAAGCAUUUGGUUUUACUGUCCACAGGAAGUUUCCUCUUAUGGCAUAUGCAGCCAGCACUUCCUAA